AUGGAACCAAAUGGCAGGCCAUUCAUCACCUCUAAGGCGCAGCGUAAAAUGUUUAUCAGUGGUCCAAGCUCUCCUCUGUCCUGCGUUCCUCCCUGCAAUUCCACUUCCGGUCCGUCCAUUCAAAUAAAACCGGACCAGGGCAGGGCCAUUCGUGUCACCGCUUGUUGCCUCCAGGAAGUGGUUGCCUCCAACCACUUCCUUUACGAGGGACGCCAUACGCGGUUCGCUGACUGGCGGUUCAUCCACAGGGCGCGGUUAAAUGUACUCCCCCUCAACGGUUGCAGACGGUGGGGUGCCGGCGACCGCCGGUGUGGCCGCCAUGAUGAGACCACGGCACAUGUGCUCUGCCACUGUUUGCCUACCAUGUCCGUGGUCUCUAAGCGGCAUGACGCGGUGCUAGACCAUCUAAUUGCUGCAAUCCGUCCGUCGCCGGGGGUGGAGGUGCGCCGGAAUCAGCGUGUCCCUCUGGACCGCCUGCUGGUCAAUCGUGAGGUCCCGGAUGACUUGGUUCGCCUCCGUCCGGAUGUGGUGGUCAUCGAUGAUUCUCGCAAAACCAUUCGAAUUGUCGAUGUCACCAUGCCCUAUGAAGACGGUUGGCGGGCUAUAGUUGAGGCGAGAGAGAGGAAACACGCCUCUUACGCCGCGCUCGCCCGGUUCCUGCGCUCCGGCGGCUUCACGGUAACUGUGGAUGCCUUUGUCGUCGGUGCGUUGGGUGCUUGGGAUAGGGCUAACUGGGACACCCUGGCUCGCCUGGGUGUUUCACGGCAGUACGGUGUUGCCCUCUCUCGCCUUUGUGUCUCCACAGCGGUCCAAUGGAGCCGGGAUCUCUAUGUCCAGCAUGUGACGGGUGUGCCCCAGUACCGUCAAAUUCAAGAUCGUGAGCAGGAUCCUUAG